AUGGCUGAUCUUAUUCGUGCUAUGGGAGCGCCUAUAGGACCCCCUAUAAAGGAUAAGUUGGGUUCGCCGUCGACGGAAUCCGAGGACGGUGGUGCUGAUAUAGGAGAGUUAGCAGCGGAUUUAGAGUUGGAUGAAGCUGAUGGACCUAGUACCAACGGUGAGCGUCAAGCUGUACUUGCACCACCAGAAACUGAAUGGUAUCAUGGUCGUUUGGAUCGAUACACCUCUGAAGAAAGACUCUGGGCAGCAGGCAAGCAUGGAAGUUAUCUAGUGCGUGAAAGUGAUCGCAAACCAGGGUCAUAUGUAUUAAGUUACUUGGGUCGUACAGGAAUUAAUCAUUUUAGAAUAACUGCAGUAUGUGGUGAUUACUAUAUUGGAGGUCGUCAAUUCGACUCCUUGACUGAGUUAGUGGGAUUUUAUAGUCACUGCUCUGAUCUACUGAAACGCGAGCGUUUGGUAGAACCCAUACCUCCACCUGAACCAGUUAAUGACAAAAAGCGUGUAGUGGCGAUUUUACCUUACACUAAGAUGCCCGACACAGACGAGUUGACCUUCCAGAAGGGCGACAUAUUCUUCGUACAUAACGACAUGGGCGAUGGCUGGUUGUGGGUCACCGCACACAGAACGGGUGAGCAAGGAAUGAUCUUUCGUGAGCUAGUCGAGGAUCUAGAUCCCUCUAUCGACCCAAAUACCGUGUUCUCUUGGUUUCAUCCCAACUGCACCAAGAGCGAGGCUGUGGAUAUGCUCGUUAAAGCUGGACCUGGGAGCUUCUUAGUCAGACCCUCUGACAAUUCUCCUGGGGAUUACUCCUUGUUCUUCCACAUAAACAAUCAGAUUCAAAGAUUCAGGAUAGAAAAGAAGGGGGUGCGGUACUUGAUGGGAGGGAGGACGUUCGAAUGCUUGGAUGCGGUCAUUAACCGAUACAGAAAAGAGCAAAUUGUUGAAGGACACACUCUUGGACAACCUUUAAUCGCUGAAGGUCAUCAAAUAGAGCUCCAACAAAACGCAACUGGGGCUGCCGCUGAGAAAAUAUAUGCGACACUAAGGGAAUGUAGGGAUCAAAUUGGACUCAAAAAGAUGAAGGGCAUUAAACACCAAGGGUACUUGCAUAAGAAGUCAGACAAAGGGGCCAAGAAGUGGAAGGCGCUUUAUUUCGUUCUUCUGCAAGAAGGGACUGAUACCCAUCUCUAUUUCUAUGACUCUCCGAAGCGAACUAAGCCUAAGGGGCUGAUUGAUCUCUCCUGUGCAUAUUUAUAUCAGGUUCACGAGUCGCUGUGGGAGCGCGAGUUCUGCUUCCAGCUGGUGGAGCGCGCCCUGCCGUGCCUGUCCACGCACACGUUCCUGGCGGCGGGCGCGGCGCACGAGCUGCGCGCCUGGCUCGACGCGCUGCGCCCGCUCUGCGUGCCGCAGCAGGCGCGACACCACUGCAAGGUGGCGCGCGUGGUGUGGCUGCGAGCGCUGCGCGUGCGCUGCGUGACGGCGCACCGGCUGCCCGCGCGCCUGGCGCCGCGCCCGCACCUGCGCCUGGCGCUCGGCGCCGCGCCCGUGGCGCGCACCCGCCCCAAGCCCUCGCCCGACCCGCACUGGGACGACGAGUUCGUCUUCGACGACGUACCUCCAGAUGUAACAUCGUUUACCAUUACGGUACAUAACACUGGCAAGAGAGGAAAAGAAUCCGAAGUUGCAGAACUAACAAUUGAAUUAGCCAACUUAGCUAAUGGCGAAGAAAUCGAAGAAUGGUAUCCACUAGCGGGCAUGACUCCCAUUGGGGAAUGGGGCUCUUUAAGACUUCGUAUAAGAUAUAUGCAAGAAUUGGUUAUGCCUCGUGAAGAAUACAACCCGCUACGACAGUUGUUACUGGAGCCGGGCUUACCGGCAGUGAAGGCGCUGGCUGACUUGUGCCGCACUGACAGACAACCUUUAGCAACAUCGGUGCUGCAUGCGUUCUCGGAGUGUGGGCGCGGCGCAGAACUGGCUCGCGAACUGGCGGCGGCCGAGGUGACGCGCGAGCCCGACCACCGCGCGCUGUUCCGCGCCGCCUCGCUCGCCACCGCCGUGAUCGACGAGUUCAUGCACGCGCUCUGCAAGCCCUUUCUGCAGGCAGCUAUAGCAGAAACAGUUCAAAAACUGAUCGACGCAAAACAGUCAGCUGAAUUGAAUCCAACAAAAAUGGACUCUCCUGACGAUGCCUGCAAUAAUGCUGAGUUUCUACUUAUGAUUCUUGAUCAGAUAACACUGUCAAUAUUCACAUCUCCGGAGGCGUGUCCGCGACCCAUCCGAUACUUGUGCGGUUGCCUUCAGCGCGCUGCCGUCACUAAGUGGCCCAAUGAGAGAUUCGUGAGAACCAGAGUUGUAUCAGGGUUCAUCUUCCUGCGGCUCAUCUGCCCGGCGCUGGUGGAGCCGCGCGCGUGGGGGCUGACGGCCGGCGCGCCGCCGCCGCACGCCCAGCGCUCGCUGCUCAUGGUGGCCAAGUGCCUGCAGAACCUCGCCAACCUCGUCGAGUUUGGAGCCAAGGAACCUUAUAUGGAAGUCGUUAAUCCUUUUAUUCUUAAGAACAAGGAACGAAUGGUUGUGUUUUUGGACCAAUUAAGUUCGGUGCAAGAUCCCGGGAACGCUCCGACAAACUCCAGCAACAAUUUUGAUAUUGCAAAAGAGCUAGCUACUAUCCACCACAUUUGCGUCUCGCAUUUGACUGAACUUCAGAACUUGGCUAAGACUCAGUCGGCUAUCAGGAAGUUGGUGACGGUGACUGAAAUGCUUACUAAACACAAGCACAAGUAUCUCGAAAUGAUCAGAUAGAAUAAAUCUUAAUUGAUAACAGGGUAAAACAAUAACAGGACAGCGAUAGCAUUAGUUCGUGAUUCUCCGCGCGGGACUGAAUUCUUAGUCGUACUUGUGUAGUCAUUCUUAGCUUUAGCUUCGUCUUAGUUUAUUUAAUAAUUUUAAUACACAAAACAUCAUACCCGAGCUUUCUCGUGCCAAACACGUCUUUUCAGUUUGUUAUUUUAACUUUUUGUUUAACAAAUCUUAAUUUCACUGUUCAUUUAGAAUAUUUUAGGUGGAGUUGAACAAAAUAGCUCUCUAGUAUAUAAGAAGUAUUUAUUUUUGUUAUCGAUUACAAUAUUCAUUUGCUUAUAAUUUUAAUGAAGUAUACACCUGGCUCAAUCAUGUUAACACUAGCUGUAACUUAAUUCAUUAACCGAACACGUGAUAUACAUUUGAACGAUUUGUGGGUAGUCCACAAUAGAAUCAGACUCUUGUAGUAUCCAAUUAGUCUAGGAGGUUAGAGAGGAGAGAGUAAAACGUAAUAUAUAGAAAUCGAGUAUAAAAAUUAUGCAAUAAAUAAACGUAAAUGGUAAUUUUGCUAAAAUUUUUGUACGUGAUCCUUUUUAUACCAAUUACCUCGCCUCGGUACGAGUGAAUGUAUUAAGAUCACUCGGAAUUAAGUCUGGGAGUAAUAUACUUGUUACAUCUUGUGAGUAUUACAUUAGAUUUAUAUAUUUUACUAUAUCCAUGCUCGAAAUUCAUUAAGUCUAGGUAUAAUUAUGUAGUAAUAAGAUGAUUCGACCGUCAAUCGCGAAACACCAAAAACAUUUUAGUAUGAAGAAUUGAAUGUGAUAGAUCUUUGUCUGAGUAGAAAUUAGAUAAACGUGUAUGCGAGUCCUUUUUUUUCUUGCGAAAUUACUGCACAAUUCUACGAUUUAUUCUCUGUGAUAAAAAUUAAAGCAAAUCAAUAUUUCAAAAUUUGAUUUACUGUUACUUACAUUCUUCUUGCAUUUAUGAGUUUAUAACGGUUGUAUUAUUACGUGUAACACGAUAUUGGUUCUUUGUUUAAAGAAAAAAAUAUACUGUUUAUCUGUUGUA